AUGAUCACAUUAGCAAAAUACAGACAUGUCGAGCAACACAACUACAACAACAUCUACAACAUCGACAACAUCGACAACAUCGACAACAUCGACAACAUCAACAACAACGACUACAACAAACAAUGCAGCACUAGUGCGAUCUACAAUGACGAAGCCGAUAACGAUGAAAGACUGUCUUCAUUUGGGCUGCACAAGGUCCUUCUCGGACUAUGGCAACAUGAGCAAUCAUUGCUCAACUGA